AUGUCUAAUAUACCCUGUGUGUGUGUGGUGUCCCAGGUGUGGAGCCAGAAGUUGGAGCAGGAAGUAGAGAAGAACAAGCUGCUAUCAGAGGCGCUCCAGACCAUAGCUACAGAGCACCAGGAACUAGACCAGCAGUCCCUCUGUAAAGGCAGGAGGUCCUCUACGCUAAGCACACUCACAGAGGAUGACUUCUAUGAUGCCCUGUCCGGUCAGUCAAACCCAACUGUCUUCAUUAAACCCUUGGAGUGCAUCGCAAAUGGCACCCUUUUCCCUACAUAGUGCCCCAUACUGACCAGAGCUCUGGAAGUUCACUAUAUAGGGCAGGGGUACUCAACUACUAUUUGAGAAGGUCCGGUCACACACAUUUCCUAGUUGGCAAACAUCCGUAUGGAUAUGGUCAUUUAUUGGUAGUAACAAACCCCCCACCUCGCAACCCCAAACUGUUCACAUUCCUCUUUUUGGCGGAAAGAACAGUUAGCAGUUGUUAAGAUCAUUUCCUGCAAUUCUACACAUUUUGCCAUAUCGUAUGUGUGUUCGUAUGAUACCUGAGUGACUCCAAAAAAAUCUAUGUGUUCAAGGCCCCCAUGGGCACAUAAUCUGGCCAUGAUAACUACAGGAUUUAGAUAGCUAGUUAGCCUAACUUACUUACCUAGCUAACAUGGGCUACUUGAUCAACUGGACAUUUCUGACAGGUUAUCAAUAGCUCUCUAAGAUCUGCCAGUGAAUGACAUAACUAGGAAAACUGCCCAUGCACUACCAAAUUUCUAAAUUGCACCUUGUGCAUUCUACUAUUACAACUCUCAACAGCAUUCAAUUGAAAGCCCGACUGAGUUCCUAAAAAAGCCGGGACCCAUAGUCCAUAUUCACCCCGUUCUGGGUCUGAAUCUGGACCGUGGUCCUCCUGUUUAGUGUGUGUGUAUAUACGGAUAUAGAGAAUAGGCUGCUGUUUAAGAUCGCAACAAUGGACAUUAAUUAUACCAUUAACAUAUUUUAGUUACAGGCUAUUCUGUUUUUCAUUGACCUGUAACUCAGAACAUGUCUGAAAGACCUCUAUGAGCACCUCUAUACAAAGCGAUGUAUUAACGCUUCCAGAGUACACAGCAUCGAGCCACACCUUGAUAAGAACCAAUUAAAUGAGCCUUGUAAAGCUGUAAUAAAAAAUGAGCCGGCUGACUAUCGUGGCUCUGCAGCUCUGAACUAUAAAGCUGAGUUGAUUCCUUUAGUCUAAAUUGUUCAUUGACCCUACCUGGCUCCCUAACCUUAGCUCCUCCACACUGUUUUCAGUAAUAAAAACCACUUCCCCUGUGGAGUUGUUUCUGUGUUGAAGAAUAGGCAGUGGUUUACAGACACCUUGUUUUAUUUUUAUCAGCAGCACAGACACCUCUAGGAUCCAGCAACACAUCUCUCUCCAGCAGACAGCAGCCUCUGAGGCUGAGGAAGAUGUCACUCUUUAUUUGGUUCUUUCUUUAUACAGAUUACAGAGACUGAGUUGAUAAUUGUGCAAUGUGUUGUAUGACGUAUGACCUUCUGCUGACUGCCCUAGGGAAGUUCCACGGUAAUGGAAUUCCGCGGUCCGAUUUGUCACUUUAAAAUGUAUGCCAAACAACAACCGUUGAUUUCAAAGUUUAACAAACCAUGCAACUCUAUACACAAUGACUGCUUUGAACAAUUUACACAGUAAAUGCAAAAUAAAAAAAAUACUGGAAAAAUUGUGCAGAUGCAAACUUUGGUAACAGAAUUAAGGUAACAUCUCCCUCAGUUUUCAAGUUUCAAGUUUUUGUCACGUGCACAAGAACAGUGAAAUGCCUUUCUUGCUUGCUCUUUCCCAACAAUACAGUAAUCAAUAUCAGUAUGUGUCUCUGUCUGUGUGCACGGAACAUGAUUCACUACACAUGCUAAAGCACCCACAACUCAGUCCUUUGCCCCAGAAGGUCCCCAGGGCACCUCAGCCACCCCAGCCUCCCUCCUUGUCUUCCUGUCUAAUGACCAAUCCCAGUGCUGCGUUACACGGCUGGUUACUCAACAAUCAGCUACCUGCUACACUGGCUAAUUGUCUCCCUGUUGGGCUCAGUAAUGGCCCUUACAACUAGUGUUGCAGAGAAGUAACAAUCUCAAAAUGGCUGCUGCUAAUGAAUCCCAAGGCUAAUGACAGCUAGCGCUUCUUCUUAAGACUGAAAUAUUCUCUCUCGUUUUAGGAGGAAAUAUCUCUCACUAGGCUCUAAAAUUCCAACUCAAUUCAAAGGGAGCUGGUUAAGUGAAACCUCUUAAGAAUAUGAUAUGGCCAGAUUAAAUGGAAUUGUUAGCUACAAUAAUUAGUCUAUGCUUGGCCUUAAUGUGAACUAACAAUGCUUUAGUACUGAAAUAGAUGUAGAACUCUGUAGUGGGCUGCUCCAGCACAGUGUAGCCUAUACCCUAGAGCCUUGCAGUAGAGUAGUGGUUGGUACUGUAUGCAGGCUAAAAUAGGAGUGUGCUGCUUUGCUAUACAGUAUGUUGAUUGUUGCACUAUUCAUCCAUCCACAGUUAUCUACUGGUCAGAGCUCUCUCUCUCUACUCUUUAUAAAUAUACCCUGCUUACUGCAUCUAUAAUACAAUGUUUACGUUUAAUAUAAGAGAGAAAAUCCCCCAGCAUGUUAGACCGCUUCAAUCUUGUUUGUGUUUGUUUACAUAAUAAAGAUGCAUCAAAGCAUCAUGUCCAUUUUUGUGAUUGAACUUUAUUAUUGGAUUAAACUACAUGACCCACAUCUAUCAAUAGCAUUACUCUACUUACGAGAGAUUUGAAGCUUUGUUGUUCCCAUAACUGAUCAUGCCAGCUAAAUUUUUUUGAAUUAAAAUGCAUUAUUGGCAUGCCCAAAAAAUGCAUUUGUAUUGCCACAAUCAUUGAGUUAUUGAUUAUAGAGUAAUGCCAGCUCUGUAACCCCUGCCUCACAUGAAGCACUACAAAAACUAUUAUACAAUAUUCUAUGAUACAGUAUCUCAGCUCCUCCUCAUUGUGUUCUGUUUUCCCCUCUCCUUUUUCCUGGGUGUUACUACCUGUGUUGUCCCUGGUAGCGUUAGCGUUUGGUCUAGGUUAGAGGCGGAGCCAGAGUACUAUACUAACCACAGCAGACACAGCACCCAGAGGAAGCGGAACGUCUGUGUGGCCUCUCAUUGGAACCCUAUCCCCCAGGUGGGGUUUCGCUGGCUGCAGGGAGGAGGAGGAGGAGGGAGUUCAGUCAGUCACCACCGGGUGGAGGAUUGUGAAGGCAAUCCUUUUUUUUUUGUUUGCUUUGCUAGGCUCAAAGGUGACAUGACCCCCUCUCUGUCUCUGGCCCCUGGCACCCCCCUCCCACUGCAGAGUCCGACGACGAGCGUUCUCUCUCUCUGAGCGGCUUCCUGUCUGUGGCCGGACACUCGUUCGAAGAGGAGGAAGAAGAGGAGGUGAAGGAAGAGGGGAGAGAGCCCCUUGUGUUCAGCAGCAGCCUCCGUCUCCGCAGCACCCUCAGGGGACCCGCCGCCGCCAGCGACAUGUCCGGGGAGGUUAACGAUGGCGACCAGAAGGUCCAAUGCAAUGGAGUCAAGAAGCACAGGUGGGAUCAUGCUGUAGUUAAUAUGUGAUGUAACGGCUUGUUUUCCACGUGGUUUCCUGCUUGGUUACCUGCUUGUUUUCCACUUGGUUUCCUGCUUGGUGUCCUGCUUGUUUUCCACUUGGUUUGCUGCUUGGUGUCCUGCUUGUUUUCCACUUGGUUUCCUGCUUGUUUUCCACUUUGGUUUCCUGCUUGGUUUCCUGCUUGGUGUCCUGCUUGUUUUCCACUUUGGUUUCCUGCUUGUUUUCCACUUGGUUUCCUGCUUGUUUUCCACUUUGGUUUCCUGCUUGUUUCCUGCUUGGUUUCCUGCUUGGUGUCCUGCUUGUUUUCCACUUGGUUUCCUGCCUUGGUUUCCACUUGGUUUCCUGCUUGGUUUCCACUUGGUGUCCUGCUUGUUUUCCACUUGGUUUCCUGCUUGGUUUUCUUGUUCCCUUUCUUCUCCAGUGCGUGUAAAAGCAAGGCUUUUAUCUGUGCGGUUCAUUUACUCUAGUAUAUUCUAUCAUUAUUUAUAUUGUAUUGUUGUUUCAAAACGUGUGUUUUUAUCACGUGUGACAUUUUGUAGGAAAUGACUUUGUAUGCUAUAGCACCAACGGUAUGUAAUGUGAUAUACCCCUGUCCGUCUAGGUUUUUAUUCCGGUGUCUCUUGUUUUUCCAUCCACAGUUAUGUCAUUCAGCAGGCUAGUGGCUUAUUGGUGCUUGGUACACUGGGUCAGAGCAGAAGGCUUUUUGAAGAUUGGUCAAUCUACUUUAUUUCUGUGGAUGAGGAUGGUUGCCUGCCCUCUCUUUCUUAAUCCAACAAUUGACCUGUGAAUAAUUUAGUGCUUGCCAGUUUAGAGAACGAAAGACUGAGUGAGAGGAAAGGGGUGUGCGUGUGUGUGUGUGUUGUAAAAGAUUGAUGAGGAGCUUGUUUAUACGCUAUAACUCAUGUCAUUCAGAGUUAUAGCGUCUCUGGCUAUGUGUAGAUACGUCUCUGUUGUGUGAUGGAACAAGGGAGCUCUAUGGGCCCUGGUCAAAAGUAGGGGAGAGUGGGGUAAGUUGAACCAAAGGAGUAAGUUGAGCCACCCUUGUUUCUAGUAAACCACAUACAAAACUAAUCAUCUGACCAAAUAUUUAGGAAGAGGUCAUCAUUUCAUGGAGUCUGUGAAGAAAUAAACCACAUGGAAGAAGUGGUUAGGUCCCAAAAACUGUUUUUCACCAAUAAUUUUAAGAUUGUUCUAUACAUCAGUUUGGGGUCUCUAUAAGCUUCAAUAUGAGGUCCUUAACCUAACAUGAAAGUGCAUCCUUGUAGCUGUCUGGGCUAAUAUAGUCAAAAUCUUUGCCUUGGGGUAAAUUGAACCAAUGGCUUUGGGAUAAGUUGAGCCAAUGGCAAGUUGAGCAAAUUAAAGUGUUUUCUUCCCAGGUGUAAUGCAAGGCAUUAUCGCUGGGCUAUGAGGUAACAACAGGGCCUGGUCUAUGUUAAAAGUGUUUAAAAAGUGUUUGUUUGUUGAUAAGCCUCUGUUAAAAUAUGAUUUAAAUGAUUAAAAGACAAAAAAGUGAUUGUGUUGAAUUGUUUGAAUGUUUGGGAAAUAAAGAUAGACAUGGUUUUUAAAAGGUAUUGGUAAUAUUUCAUUCAGUACAGAAAUUUGAAGGCAGCUUAAUUUACCCUGUCCUGCAGCUCAACUUACCCCAUACCUGGUGUAAGUUAUGCCUAGAGACCUAGAAACUGUCAUGUUUACAUGAAUUCUGAUUAUUUCCAGGGAUACACAACAUCCUGAAAUAUAUGUAGAUAUCUUUGUUAGAAAGAAUACUACGCUCUCCGCACCUUACACACACACAUAUACAUUCAUGCUACACACACAUCACAACUGCUGCUUCAAGAUGUAUUAUGAUAGCUAAUACUGCGCAAUUUAAACACUUGCCCCCUAAUCCCCCUUCCCCAAAACACAUGUAAAUAUUGGACUAUAAAUUAUGCCUUCCUGUAUCAGUUUCUUGCUCUUCAAUCGAACGCUGCUGGCACCCGCCCACCCGACUAGAAUCACUACUCUCGACGGGUCUGACCUAGAGUAUGUGGACAACUACAAAUACCUAGGUGUCUGGUUAGACUGUAAACUCUCCUUCCAGACUCACAUUAAGCAUCUCCAAUCCAAAGUUAAAUCUAGAAUCAGCUUCCUAUUUCGCAACAAAGCAUCCUUCACUCAUGCUGCCAAACAUGCCCUCGUAAAACUGACUAUCCUACCGAUCCUUGACUUCGGCGAUGUCAUUUACAAAAUAGCCUCCAACACUCUACUCAGCAAAUUGGAUGUCACAGUGCCAUCUGUUUUGUCACCAAAGCCCCAUGUACUACCCACCACUGUGACCUGUACGCUCUUGUUGGCUGGUCCUCACUACAUAUUCGUCGCCAAACCCACUGGCUCCAGGCCAUCUAUAAAUCACUGCUAGGCAAAUCUCCGCCUUAUCUUAGCUCAUUGGUCACCAUAGCAACACCCACCCGUAGUAUGAGCUCCAGCAGGUAUAUCUCACUGGUCAUCCCCAAAGCCAACACCUCCUUUGGCCGCCAUUCCUUCCAGUUCUCUGCUGCCAAUGACUGGAACGAACUGCAAAAAUCUCUGAAGCUGGAGACUCUUAUCUCCCUCACUAACUUUAAGCAUCAGUUGUCAGAGCACCUUACCGAUCACCGCACCUGUACACAGCCCAUCUGAAAUUAGCCCACCCAACUACCUCAUCCCCAUAUUGUUAUUUAUUUUGCUAAUUUGCACCCCAGUAUCUCUAUUUGCACAUCAUCUCUUGCACAUCUAUCAUUCCGGUGUUAAUACUAAUUGUAAUUAUUUUGCACUAUGGAAUAUUUAUUGCCUUACCUCCAUAACUUGCUACAUUUGCACACACUGUAUAUAUAUUUUCUGUUGUAUUUUUUUGACUUUAUGUUUUGUUUUACCCCAUAUGUAACUCUGUGGUGUUGUUUUUAUCGCUUUGCUUUAUCUUGGCCAGGUCGCAGUUGUAAAUGAGAACUUGUUCUCAACUGGCUUACCUGGUUAAAUAAAGGUGAAAUAUAUAUAUAUAUAUAUAUAUAUUAUUAUUAUACUUAUACUAAAAAAAAUUUAUUCUACUGAGUCAUUUACUUUGUUCGUAUUCUUAACUUUGAUUAUUUCUUAUUGUUUUUGCAUUGUCGAGAAGGGACCUGCAAGUAAGCAUUUCGUUGGAUACCAUGUGUAUCUCGUACAUACGAUUAAUGAAACCUGAAACUAUACUAUAUUUCCCGUGAGGGAGAGAUGCUGAAUGUAAAAAAUUGUUCAACUUACCCCAGUCUCCCCUAGUGCGCUAAAUUGAGGAUAGGGUGCCAUUUGGGAUGCAUCCAUUCUCCUUCCAGGAUUCUGGACUCUCUCCAACCAAAUAUAAGCUAAUUGAUAUCAACGAUGCUUCACGCUCAUGGGCCCACUAUUAAUCAUGGUGCAGUCAGACAUGCUCUCAUAAAGGAGAUGGGAUUCAUGAUAGCCUAGCACUAGACCGUUGUUGAGACAUAGGGGGAUGAGAGCCGUGCCUUAUCUAUACAGUAGCUAUAUAUAGGAAAUAUGCUACUCUAAGGGACUAUGGCUUAAACCCCUCAUUAAUUACUCAGUCACCAAAGUCCUUGAGUGUUUUUUUUAGCUUGUUCAAUUCUCUGGAACCAGGCUAACUGUCUGCAUCCCUUGACUUUUUCCACAUUUUAUAACAUUACAGCCUUAUUCUAAAAUUGAUUAAAUUAUUUUUUCAGACCCUUUGCUAUGAGACUCGAAAUUGAGCUCGGGUACAUACUGUUUUCAUUGAUCGUCCUUGAUGUUUCUACAACUUGAUUGGAGUCCACCUGUGGUAAAUUCAAUUGGUUGGACAUGAUUUCGAAAGGCACACACCUGUCUAUAUAAGGUCCCACAGUUGACAGUGCAUGUCAGAGCAAAAACCAAGCCAUGAGGUCGAAGGAAUUGUCCGUAGAGCUCCAAGACAGGAUUGUGUCGAGGAGCAGAUCUGGGGAAGGGUACCAAAACAUUUCUGCUGCAUUGAAGGUCCCCAAGAACACAGUGGCCUCCAUCAUUCUUAAAUGGAAGAAGUUUGGAACCACCAAGACUCUUCCUAGAGCUGGCCGCCCUGCCAAACUGAGCAAUCAGGGGAGAAGGGCCUUGGUCAGGGAGGUGACCAUGAACCCGAUGGUCACUCUGACAGAGCUCCAGAGUUCCUAUGUGGAGAUGGGAGAACCUUCCAGAAGGACAACCAUCUCUGCAGCACUCCACCAAUCAGGCUUUUAUGGUAGAGUGGCCAGACGGAGCCAAUCCUCAGUAAAAGGCAAAUUACAGUCCGCUUGGAGUUUGCCAAAAGGCCCCUAAAGGACUCUCAGACCAUGAGAAACAAGAUUCUCUGGUCUGAUGAAAUGAAGAUUGAAUUCUUUGGCCUGAAUGCCAAGUGUCACGUCUGGAGGAAACCUGGCACCAUCCCUACGGUGAAGCAUGGUGGUGGCAGCAUCAUGCUGUGGGGAUGUUUUUCAGCGGCAGGGACUGGGAGACUAGUCAUGAUCGAGGGAAAGAUGAACGGAGCAAAGUACAGAGAGAUCGUUGAUGAAAACCUGCUCCAGAGCACUCAGGACCUCAGACUGGGGAGAAGGUUCACCUUCCAACAGGACAACUACCCUAAGCACACAGCCAAGGCAACACAAAAGUGGCUUCGUGACAAGUCUCUGAAUGUCCUUGAGUGGCCCAGCCAGAGCCCGGACUUGAACCCGAUCAAACAUCUCUGGAGAGACCUGAAAAUAGCUGUGCAGCGAUGCUCCCCAUCCAACCUGACAGAGCUUGAGAGGAUCUGCAGAGAAGAAUGGGAGAAACUCCCCAAAUACAGGUGUGCCAAGCUUGUAGCGUCAUACCCAAGAAGACACAAGGCUGUAAACGCUGCUAAAGGUGCUUCAUCGAAGUACUGAGUAAAGGGUCUGAAUACUUAUGUAAAUGUGAUUUUUUCUUUUUUUGGUAAACCUGUUUUUACUUUGUCAUUAUGGGGUAUUGUGUGUAGAUGGAUGAGGGGAAAAAACAAUCCAUUUUAGAAUAAGGCUGUAACGUAACAAAAUGUGGAAAAAGUCAAGGGGUCUUUCCGAAUGCACUGUAUUCAGUGGGAUUACUCCAUUUAGAUUUGACCUUAUUGUUUGUCCAUUUCAUUUAUAUCCCACAGAAUGUCUUUACCGGCACCCAUGUUCUCCAGGAAUGACGUCAGCAUCUGGAGUAUCCUGAAGAAAUGCAUCGGCAUGGUGAGAAUUCACAUUCAUUAUUUUAUUCAUUAAAGAAAGUUACUGCAUUGGCAAAAGCACAGGAGCUGGAUAAAAUUGAAUCUGACUGGGCAAAGAAAGACAGGGAUGUUAGUUCACUGUUUCCUGCUCCCCAAAAAACAUUGAAAGCAAACAGGCCUUUCUCUCUGUCUGCCAAGAAUUCAGCCACAAACAUUACAUUUUAGUCAUUUAGCAGACGCUCUUAUCCAGAGCAACUUACAGUAGUGAGUGCAUACUUUAUCUUUAUACUUUGUUCAAUCUGGUGCUUCUUUAAUGUGGAUUUGUGCUGUGUUAGUGGGAAAUACUGCUGACCUGAGAAUGUGUCCUUGGGCCGACAUACCGGCUAAUGAGUUACUGUUGUUACUGUAGCUCUGAAGAGAAUUAGCUACCUUGUUAUAGCUUGUAUUUAUUUGUGACUAUCUAAGCACAGUUCUGGGCCUCUCGAGUGGCGCAGCGGUCACUGCAUCGCAGUGCUAGAAGCGUCACUAAAGAUCCAGGUUCGAUCACGGGCUGUGUCGCAGCCGGCCGCGACCGGGAGACCCAUGAUGCGGCGCACAAUUAGCCCAGCGUCGUCCGGGUUAGGGGAGGGUUUGGCUGGCCGGGAUGUCCUUGUCCCAUCGCGCUCUAGCGACUCCUGUGGCGGGCCGGGUGCAGUGCACGCUGACUUCGGUUGCCAGCUGUAUGGUGUUUCCUCUGACACAUUGGUGCGGCUGGCUUCUGGGUUAGCAGUGUGUCAAGAAGCAGUGCGGCUUGGCAGGGUUGUGUUUCGGAGGACACAUGGCUCUCAACCUUCGCCACUCCCGAGUCCGUAUGGGACUUGCAGCGAUGGGACAAAACUGUAACUACCAAUUAGAUAUCACGAAAUUGGGGAGAAAAAGGGGUAAAAAUUAUAAAAUAAAACAAAUCUAAGCACAGGUCUAUGAUGUGAAAGACCCUGUCAUCAGUAGUGGUCUGUAGGGUUCCUAAUACCCUUUCUCCACUUCCUGGAUGAUUUUUAAUUGGAUGAUAUAACCUCUACACUUCCUGUAAAUCCUCUAAUUAAGAGGGUGUAAUGAUUCUCAUCUGCGUCUCAAGUGGCACCCUAUUCCCUAUGUAGUGGGGUUGUUCAACGAAAAUAGUUUAUUUUGCAUCCUGUUGAUAUUUUAAGUAGAAAUUGUGCACCAAUAUUGAAUUUUAAAAGCCGGUUAUAUUAAAUGAAGUGCCAAAUGGAGAAUUCAAUAAAUCAGAUUUGAAAUAUGAAUAAAGAUGUGCCAAAAUUCAGUUUUCACCAUGAUUGUAAAGCCAUAGUUAUUUUGUUGAUUUGUCAGUCAUUUCUGAAGAUUAUUAUUUAUUUAAUGUGAUUAGUGAAUCAUUUACGUCUGUCCCUCUUUUUAAGGUCAACCCUGUUACGUGAACUGAACUUUUCCUUUUAAUCUUUUUUUCUAUGGAAACAUUGAACAUCUAAUAGUCAAAUCAUAGUGUAAAAGCAGGUGAACUGGUUCUACUCUUUGGCCAUCUUUGGUGUUUUGUGGUGGAUAACUGAGCGGGUCGAGCAUAACACGUCCACCCUGAAAUGCUUUAACAAUAAUUUUUUUGUUUUUGGAAGCCUUCAUUCAAUCCCUGAUGCACACAACAAGCUUCCAUUCCCCAUGUCACAAGGGGAUUUAUGUCUGAUUUUAAGAUGAAAUCGUCAACCCUGUUACUUUAUUUGGCACUUAAUAGGCACUUACUAUAGUCUUUUUUUUUAUUUAACCUCUUGAGAAGGGAAUAAAUGUUUUUUUAUGAAGUUGAACAUUUGCUCUUUAUGAAUGUUAGUUUUUUUGUUGUUGACCAAGUUAUACUUCUCAAGGCACCAAAUUGGUGGAACGACGUCAGUGCAAUACUUUGACUAGGGCCCCUUGACCAGAGCCCUAUGGGCCCUGGUAAAAAGUAGUGCAUUACAUAGGAAAUAGGGUACCAUUUGGGACACAGCCCUGGUGUAGGGGCAGACGUCAUCGAUGGCAAUGGAGAAACUACCAUAACUAUGUGUGUGUACUCUAUGUGGGCCUAAUUUAGUUAGAUCCAUGUUUUAACCCAGGGUUCCUACUGAAAUGUGGGCCUUUUUAAUGACACUGCAGAGACCAGUCGGUACUGCUGUCAAACAGUGUUCCGGACUGGGAUCUAGACUAGAGCUUAUUGCUGAUAUUAUUUCACACCUCUGUCAUCGAAACACAAUUAUGUGAGCUUUAUAGGGACUUUCACUCUAUUGCCAAUGUCCUGUCAUUGUCUGAAAUACUGUAUAUACAGGUACAGUACCACUCAAAAGUUUGGACACACCUACUCAUUCAAGGGUUGUUCUUUAUUUUUACUAUUUUCUACAUUGUAGAAUAAUAGUGAAGACAUCAAAACUAUGAAAUAACACACAUGGAAUCUUGUAGUAACCAAAUAAGUGUUAAACAAAUAGAAAUAUAUUUAAUAUUUGAGAUUCUUCAAAUAGCCACCCUUUGCCUUGAUGACAGCUUUGCACACUCUUGGCAUUCUCUCAACCAGCUUCACUUGGAAUGCUUUUCCAACAGUCUUGAAGGAGUUCCCACAUAUGCUAAGCAAUUGUUGGCUGCUUUUCCUUCACUCUGCGGUCUGACUCAUCCCAAACCAUCUCAAUUGGGUUGAGGUCAGGGGAUUGUGGAGGUCAGGUCAUCUGAGGUAGCACUCCAUCACUCUCCUUCUUGGUAAAAUAGCCCUUACACAGCCUGGAGGUGUACACUAAGGGAUGGCGUAUCGCUGCAGAAUGCUGUGGUAGCCAUGCUGGUUAAGUGUGCCUUGUAUUCUAAAUAAAUCACAGACAGUGUCACCAGCAAAGCACCCCCACACCAUAACACCACCUCCUCCAUGCUUUACGGUGGGAACUACACAUGUGGAGAUCAUCCGUUCACCCACACCGCAUCUCACAAAGACACGGCGGUUGGAACCAAGAAUCUCCAAUUUGGACUCCAGACAAAAGGACAAAUUUCCACUGGUCUAAUGUCCAUUGCUCGUGUUUCUUGGCCCAAGCAAGUAUCUUCUUAUUAUAGGUGUCCUUUAGUAGUGGUUUCUUUGCAGCAGUUCGACCAUGAAGGCCUGAUUCACACAGUCCCCUCUGAACAGUUGAUGUUGAGAUGUGUCUAUACUUGACCUCUGUGAAGCAUUUAUUUGGGCUGCAAUUUCUGAGGCUGGUAACUCUAAUGAACUUAUCCUCUGCAGCAGAGGUAACUCGGUCCUCCAUUCCUGUGAUCCUCAUGAGAGCAAGUUUCAUCAUAGCGCUUGAUCGUUUUUGCGACUGCACUUGUCUUGAGUUCUUGACAUUUUCCGUAUUGACUGACCUUCAUGUCUUAAAGUAAUGAUGGACUGUCGUUUCUCUUUGCUUAUUUGAGCUGUUCUUGCCAUAAGAUGGACUUGGUCCAUAUAGGGCUAUUUUUUUUAUACCCCCCCCCCCCCCCUUGUCACAACACAAAUGAUUGGCUCAAACGCAUUAAGGAAAGAAAUUCCACAAAUUAACUUUUAAGAAGGCACACCUGUUAAUUGAAAUGCAUUCCAGGUGACUACCUCAUGAAGCUGGUUGAGAGAAUGCCAAGAGUGUGCAAAGCUGUCAUCAAGGCAAGGGGUGGCUAUUUGAAGAAUCUCAAAUAUAAAAUAUAUUUAUAUUUGUUUAACACCUUUUUGGUUACUACAUGAUUCCAUAUGUGUUAUUUAAUAGUUUUGAUGUCUUCACUAUUAUUCUACAAUGUAGGAAAUAGUAAAAAUAAUGAAAAACCCUUGAAUGAGUAGGUGUGUCCAAACCUUUGACUGGUAGUGUAGGUCUGUGUGGGCUGUGGAUGAACUUCAUUGCUUGUGUGUUUCCUUACCUCUCUCUCUCUCUGACUCUUCUCCUCCUCUCUUCUCUCCUCUCCCAGGAGCUGUCUAAGAUAGCCAUGCCAGUGAUCUUCAACGAGCCCCUGAGUUUUCUUCAGCGGUUGACAGAGUACAUGGAGCACACGUAUCUCAUCCACCAGGCUAACGCUACCACAGACUCCAUGGAGAGGAUGAAGGUAGCUAGCGCCCGUCAUCAUCCUCUCUCAUAUAGAUACACACAUGUGUUUUCGCUCAUAAUUUCUGCCGUAGUACCUACUCUUUUUGCUGUGCUCAUCUACAGCUACUAAUGUUACACAUUUCUGUCCAUCUAUGAUGGUUUCAGUGUGUGGCAGCAUUUGCUGUGUCUGCUGUAGCAUCACAGUGGGAGAGGACUGGAAAACCCUUCAAUCCACUUCUAGGAGAAACCUAUGAGCUGAUCAGGUUAGACAUAUUACUGUGGUUGAUGUUUAGGUUGACUGUUCUGGAUGUGUUGUGAGGUGGUGGUUACUACUAGUUUGUGACUCAAGACGUCUCCAAAAUACAAUUAAAUCCUUAAGAGGUCAGAUGUCUCAAGACAUCUGAAGACGGAAGGUGAUGGCUAAGUAUCUUCCAUUAACCCCCCCCCCCUCCUGUCCCCUCAGAGAGGACCUGGGGUUCAGGUGGAUGUCGGAGCAGGUGAGCCACCACCCCCCUGUAAGCGCCUUCCACGCCGAGGGCCUGCAGGAGGACUUCCUGUUCCAUGGCUCCAUCUACCCUAAACUCAAGUUCUGGGGCAAGAGCGUGGAGGCAGAGCCUAAAGGCAUCAUCACCCUGGAACUGCCUAAGUGAGUCUGGACCUGAGAUUCCCUCCAUACUGUACAUGUACACUGAACAAAAAUAUAAAUGCAACAUGUAAAGUGUUGGUCCCAUGUUUCAUGAGCUGAAAUAAAAUAUCCCAGAAAUGUUCCAUACACACAAAAAGCUUAUUUCUCUAAAAUGUUGUGCACAAAUUUGUUUACAUCCCUCUUAGUGAGCAUUUUUCCUUUGCCAAGAUAAUGCAUCCACCUAACAGGUGUGGCAUAUCAAGAAGCUCAUUAAACGGCAUGAUUAUUACACAUGUGCACCUUGUGCUGGGGACAAUAAAAAGCCACUCUAAAAUGUGCAGUUUUGUCACACAGCACAAUGCCACAGAUGUCUCAAGUUUUGAGCGAGUGUGAAAUUGGCAUGCUAACUGCAGGAAUGUCCACCAGAGCUGUUACCAGAUAAUUGAAUGUUCAUUUCUCUCCCAUAAGCCGCCUCCAACGUCGCUUUAGAGAAUUUGGCAGUACGUCCAACCGGCCUCACAACCGCAGACCAUGUGUAACCACACCAGCCCAGGACCGCCACAUCUGGCUUCUUCACCUGCGAGAUCAUCUGAGACCAACCACCCGGACAGCUGAUGAAACUGUGGGUUUGCACAACCGAAGAAUUUCUGCACAAACUGUCAGAAACCAUCUCAGGGAAGCUCAUCUAUGUGCUCAUCGUCCUCACCAGGGUGUUGACCUGACUGCAGUUCAGCGUUGUAACCAACUUCAGUGGACAAAUGCUCACCUUCGAUGGCCACUGGCACGCUGAAGAAGUGUGCUCUUUACGGAUGAAUCGCGGUUUCAACACAAUUGCAUUUUAUCAAUGGCAAUUUGAAUGCACUGAGAUACCGUGACGAGAUCCUGAGGCCCAUUGUUGUGCCAUUCAUCUGCCACCAUCACCUCAUGUUUCAACAUGAUAAUGCACGGCUCCAUGUCGAAAGGAUCUGUACACAAUUCCCUGAAGCUGAAAAUGUCACAGUUCUUCCAUGGCCUGCAUACUCAUGUCACUCAUUGAGCAUGUUUGGGAUGCUCUGGAUUGACGUGUACGACAGCAUGUUCUAGUUCCCGAUAAUAUCCGGCAACUUCGCACAGCCAUUGAAGAGGAGUGAGACAACAUUCAGGGGCCACAAUCAACAGCCUGAUCAACUCUAUGUAAAGGAGAUGUGUAGCGCUGCAUGAGGCAAAUGGUGAUCACACAAGAUACUGGUUUUCUGAUCCAUACCCUGACUUUUUUUUUUUAAGGUAUCUGUGACCAACAUUCAUGUGAAAUCCAUAGAUUAGGGCCUAAUUAAUUUAUUUCAAUUGACUGAUUUCCUUAUAUGAACUGUAACUCAGUAAAAUCUUUGAAAUUGUUGCAUGUUGCGUUUAUAUUGUUGUUCAGUGUAGCUUUCCCUCACUGAGAGUUUGCCUUGGAGUUUCCUUGAUUUGGUCUUUAUCUCCCAGUAAAGCUAGCAAUACAUAUAUUCUGGCAAUAGAGCUAUUCUGGCAAUAGAGCUAUUCUGGUAGCUUUUUUCUUAAGCUUGGAUGAAAUUAAUUAAUUAAAUAAUGUUGAAGUUUGAAGGACAUUUGAAUCUCCCUGAAGUAGUUUGGAAUGAGUUGGCAUCUGUAAGUUGACGUGGUUGGUGAGAGGUUAUCUGCUGCUAUGACAUGUUCACUGUCUCUCUGCAGAUACAAUGAAGCAUACACCUGGACAAACCCCACCUGCUGUGUCCACAACAUCAUCGUGGGCCAGCUGUGGAUCGAGCAGUAUGGCAAUGUGGAAGUGAUCAACCACAAGUAAGAGAGACUCCCUCGCCGUGUGUGCGUGCACGUGUAUCUGUGUGUGUGUGCAGUAGUGUGGAUCCACGUUUGUUUCCAGUUGAUUGAGCAGUGUAACAGAACUGGGAUAGAUACUUGCCUUUACAAAGGAGACAGACUGAGCAGCAAAAUGGUGGUUGUUUGAAAGCAUUGUCUGGCUGUGGUGAAUAGUGAAAGAGAAUAUGUAACUAGAAUGCUUGUCUUUCGGUGACAGGACCGGAGAGAGAUGCAGCCUGACGUUCAAACCAUGUGGUAUGUUUGGUAAGGAGCUGCACCAAGUGGAGGGCUAUAUUCUGGAUAAAAGGUACUUGUUUGUUACAGUUUUUUACCCCCACUGUUUUACUAUAUCAAGAUGAUUUAUAUAUUAGCUAUCAGAAAAGCCUAACCGCUCAUUUUGACUGUGUGUGUCUGUGUGCAUGCAGCAAAAGGAAGCUCUGUGCCAUAUACGGUAAAUGGACUGAGUGCUUGUACACUGUGGACGCCAAAACCUUUGAUGCUCACAAGAAAUCUGACAAGAAGAACUCAGAGGAGAAGAAAAGCAACAAGCAGGUACUGUAUGUGCACUAAUCAAAAACAUACCGUAGUGCCUUCAGCCCCACCGGGGUGGUUAUGUAACUAUCAUAUCCUUUGCUGAGUAAAGGUGAUUAUUUGACUAGAGUUUAGUAAACUGAGCAAUACAUAACAAUAGUUGACUCUUUAUAACACAUAUUGUAGAAGAAACAUAAAUUAAAUCACGCUGCGAUUACAAUUAGGUUCAUGGUCAAUUUUGCACUUAACACUUUCGCACCAUGAAAAUGUCACACAAAAUAUAUCCUUUUGCUCCAUGCUCAUGAAUGAGUGGUAUUUAAGCAACCUUUACACUCGUUUUGGAGUGAUGACCCUUGAUAUGACCCAAUAAGUAGCUAUUGUAGUUGCAUACCUGUUUGAAGGUUGCGUGUCCCCCUGUCUGUCCCUCCAGACCAGUGUAGACGAAGAGCCAGAGGAGAUGCCCCUGCCUGAUGGAGACACGGUCCAGGUCAUCCCAGGUAGUGAGCUCAUCUGGAGGAUAGCCCCCCGACCAGACAACUCUGCAGAGGUGAGAGGGGAGGAGAGGCAGAGGGUUGGGGGAGAGGAGAUGCAGGGAGUUGGGGGAGAGGAGAUGCAGGGAGUUGGGGGAGAGGAGAUGCAGGGAGUUGGGGGAGAGGAGAUGCAGGGAGUUGGGGGAGAGGAGAUGCAGGGAGUUGGGGGAGAGGAGAUGCAGGGAGUUGGGGGAGAGGAGAUGCAGGGGGUUGGGGGAGAGGCGAGGGGAGGGGAGGCAGGGAUGGCGGGAGGGGAUGAAAGCAGGUCUGGAGGAUAGCCCCCUGACCAGACAACUGCAGGGAUCACAGGGAUGAGAGAGUACUGUUUUGGAGGAAUUACUGUUGAUAUGUUUAGCCUUCUUGAGUGAUUGAACAGGUUGUCAGUCAUUGAUUUGUAGACCCUUCCCCCUCUCGCUCUCUCUCUUUGGUAGUUCUACGCCUUCUCCACAUUUGCCAUGCAGCUGAAUGAGCUGGAGGAGGGCAUGAAGGGGGUGAUGCCCCCCACAGACUGUCGAUUCAGACCUGACAUCAGAGCCAUGGAGAAAGGAGACAUAGGUAUGGUGAUAAAGUUAUAUAGAGCAUUGUGUUGUUUUGAAUGAUCCACAUCUGGUGUCCAGCAAUUCAACGAGCAGUUUGUCAUAGAAUCUAAAUAUUUUGAUACAUUAAAAUAUUUCUGUGUUUCUCAGAUUUGUCAAGUGCAGAGAAGAAGAGGGUAGAGGAGAAACAAAGACUGGCCCGGAAAAAUCGCUCCAAAUCAACAGAGGAAUGGAAAACGAGGUGAGUGAUUGGGUCUUCUCUCUUCCUCCUGGAACUCCCUCUGAUUCUGCUGUGCAACACUCUCAUUUAGUGUGGAACAAUUAGUGCUUUUUGAGGUCGGUUUGGUUUCCGUUCGAUUAUUUAAAAAAUGAUCACGGUUUACAAUUUUGGUUUAAUGUGAUUAUUUCUUUACAUUAAAUGCACUAUGCAUUAUGUGGGUUGAAUGCUGUAACACAGAAUAAAACAAUUAAAAAGUCCCAUGAUGGUAGUGACUGCUCAUUACUGAUUAUCACUUAUUAGCCAUCAUUUAUUCACAUUACUUUGAUAAAAUAUGUCAGUUGAUGUGUAUAUUACAUUACAUACAGUACCAGUCAAAAGUUUGGACACACCUAUUCAUUUCAGGGUUUUUCUUCAUUUUAGAAUAAUAGUGAAGACAUCACAACUAUGAAAUAACACAUAUGGAAUCAUUUAGUAACCAAAAAAGUGUUAAACAACUAUAUUUUAUAUUUGAGAUUCUUCAAAGUAGCCACCCUUUGCCUUGAUGACAGCUUUGCACACGCUUGGCAUUCUCUCAACCAGCUUCAUGAGUAAUGCUUUUCCAACAGUCUUGAAGGAGUUCCCACAUAAGCUGAGCACUUGUUGGCUGCUUUUCCUUCACUCUGCGGUCUAACUCAUCCCAAACCAUCUCAAUUGGGUUGAGGUCGGGUGAUUGUGGAGGCCAGGUCAUCUGAUGCAGCACUCCAUCACUCUCCUUGGUCAAAUAGCCCUUACACAGCCUGGAGGUGUGUUUUGGGUCAUUGUCCUGUUGAAAAACAAAUUGGCCAAUUUCUUGGCCCAAGCAGGUCUCUUCUUAUUAUUGGUGUCCUUUAGUAGUGGUUUCUUUGCAGUAAUUCGACCAUGAAGGCCUGAUUCACGCAGUCUCCUCUGAACAGUUGAGAUGUCAGUUACGUGAACUCUGUGAAGCAUUUAUUUGGGCUGCAAUCUGAGGUGCAGUUAACUCUAAUGAACUUAUCCUCUGCAGCAGAGGUAACUCUGGGUCUUCCUGUGGCGGUCCUCGUGAGAGCCAGUUUCAUCAUAGCGCUUGAUGGUUUUUGCGACUGCACUUGAAGAAACUUUCAAAGUUCUUGAAAUAUUCCGUAUUGACUGACCUUCAUGUCUUAAAGUAAUGAUGGACUGUCACUUCUCUUUGCUUAUUUGAGCUGUUCUUGCCAUAAUAUGGACUUGGUCUUUUACCAAAUAGGGCUAUCUUCUGUAUACCACCCCUAUCUUGUCACAACACAACUGAUAGGCUCAAACGCAUUAAGAAGGAAAGUAAUUCCACAAAUUAACUUUUAACAAGGCACACCUGUUAAUUGAAAUGCAUUCCAGGUGACUACCUCAUGAAGCUUGUUGAGAGAAUGCCAAGAGUGUGCAAAGCUGUCAUCAAGGCAAAGGGUGGCUACUUUGAAGAAUCUAAAAUAUAUAUUUUGAUUUGUUUAACACCUUUUUGGUUACUAAAUGAUUCCAUAUGUGUUAUUUAAUAGUUUUGAUGUCUUCACUAUUAUUCUACAAUGUAGAAAAUAGUAAAAAUAAAGAAAAACCCUUGAAUGAGUAGGUGUGUCCAAACUUUUGACUGGUACUGUACAUAUUGUUUUAUUUGAUGACUUUAUUAUUUCAUUCCAAGUCAUCAUCUCAUCUCUAUAGAGCAAGCUACCUAUGCUAUCUGACAAAAUCACUAUUUUAGUAGUUCUUCAAAGUAAAUAAGGCAUACUUUUAUGACUGCUGAAUACCAACUAUCAAUCACUUAGAUCAUGUGCAGUAUUUUUACAUAGAGAUACCUCGCUAAGCAACUGCUCGCUAUCCCUCUCGGUCUUGCGUUCUUCUGUCUCUUCUCUCUCCGUGUCUGCCCCACACUAAUCUUACAUAGCUGGCGGAAAAGAAACACACAGACCAGACAAGUAGGCGCACAAUGGAUUAUGGUCAUUGUAGUUAAUUACCAAACUAUGUAGAAUGUUGGCCUGUUUGAAACUGCAACUCCCUACUACAUCGCACAGUUCGGGCCUUGAUCUGAUUUAUCUCUAGAGAAACUGCGCAAUGUGUGCAUUGAGCUCACAGAAAAAAAAGGAACAAAAUGUAAUUCAAAUAAUUGAACAGAUGUCGGUUAAUUCAUCAAAAUCAAAAUAACCAACAUUUCGGUUAAUCGCUCAGCACUACUCUCAUUGGAUGUAUGCUAGCGCUAAUGCUAGACCUACUUUGCUAAUUGUCACCCAUUUGUGUCAUCCUGUGCUAUGUGUUAUGCUCUUCCCCUGUGUUGUCAUUGAGAAGGAACCCAGCUCUUGGCCCCAGGUUUGGCUCUGCUUGUCUGUUGUGGCUUGUGGAUGUUGUUGUGGUUCACUGUUUGAGUGCUGUGCUUUACCACCUCCCUCAGGACAACUUUAGAACUGCAGUAAAUGCAUUGAUUCAAACACUGAUCAUACACCUCUACAACCUGUGUACAGUUGACUCCUGAUAAGUACACGUUGAAUAAGCUAAAAUAAAAAUGUGGUAAUUGCAGUGAAAUUCACCUUUCCUGGAUAUUUGCAUGCUACAGUUUGCAUGAAUUCAUGAAAGACCCAAGCUAUAUAGAGAAAAAUAACAUUUUCAAUGGAAGCUUGGUUUGUUAAACCCCAUUAUCGGGCGUCGACUGUACUGUAUUAUGUUUGUGUGGGUUUGUAUUUAUCACAAUCAUGUCAAACACUCAUGUCUGUGCCUGGAUAUAUCUGUGCCUGAACACUCAUUUCUAUGUUAUUUUAUCUGACUCGGUUCCUCUCGUUACUCCCAUAUAGGUGGUUCCACCAAGGCCCCAACCCCCACAUCAAAGCUCAGGACUGGCUCUACUCCAACGGCUACUGGGACCGGAACUACUCCCUGCUGCCUGAUAUAUACUGACCUGCAAGACACACACACAGACAUCUCUAUCUGUAUACAUCUCAUCUCUACUAUCUCUGCUGUUUUUCAUAUUCAGGCUGGAACUUCUGACGGUGGAACUCUGAAGUUUUCUCGUAAGACUCAUUGAAGGGGGAGAAAGUUAGUCCUGGUCAGGUCAUGUGGUCAGCAAAAAGGAGUCCACAUAGGCGAGGUAAAGUGAGAGUUAUGUCCUUCUCAAGUCCGUAACCUGCUCUGGUCCUAUAGAUGGUAAGGCUAUUAUUGGGAACCAUUCAGUAGUCCCCAAAUAUGAUGAUCUCUUAUCACAGCCUAUGUCUCACUCAAGGCACAAUGGUGAAGUCCUCAUGAGCUUGUAAGCUAUGGUCAUUGACCAGUGUAUAGAAUUAUAAUAAAACUAUAGGGUGUAACCUGCCUUUCAUUUUAACAAAUGGGAGUGUUUUGAAUUGCGUGAAUUGAAUGCAGUGUGCUCAGUGCUGUUACUUACAAAUGUGUGCAGCUACAUUAUCGUUCUGAUACAGUAUACAUUUUAGGAAAAAUACAGCUUUCAAAUAGUGUGUGAAA